AUGACGAAGGACGAGUAUUCUGGUGCCGAUCAGCAGGAGUCAAUCAGCUCCUCUGAAGAUCUAACAGCUAUCGCUCCUCAACCACAAAAUUUCAUUGAGCGAGCUCUGAAGCCAGCCAUCUAUCUUCCACGGUAUCCGAAAUGGAUGGUAGGAAAGCCAUUGCUAUGGGCGACAUGA